CGUCUCGGGCCUCCCACAGCGCCCGGGCUCGCAGCCCCGCGCCCUGGCUCCUCCCCGACCCCACCCUUGCCUCCCGCGGCUCCUCAGACGGCUUAGUGAUUGGCGCUGGGUUCUGUACCCCGACCCCUCCGCAGGCUCCCUGCCUCCUCCCGCCCGCGCGGGCAGCCGGCACGCCGUCGGAGUGGAAAUGUGGAGUACCAGAGCGCUGCAUCCUUUGUCGUUGGAAUGAUCACUUGCACAUGGGGCUGACUGCCGCCUUGCAGCCAAGGUCUUAGGAACUAAGGAAGGGAGUCAUGGGAAAGCUCCAAGCCCAGAUUCCAGGCAUGGGCACACAUUGAAUGAAGCUCCUCUGACCCCUGUCGCCACCUACAGGUUUCCCUAAAUGAAGAUUAAGCACUCCUCCUGCCUGAAGAAUACCUGUGGAACCCUUGGUCAUGGCAUUGGUAUCAGAGCCCGUUACAUUCCGAGAGUUCUGCCCUUUGUACUAUCUCCUCAAUGCCAUUCCCACAAAGAUCCAGAAGGGUUUCCGCUCUCUUGUGGUCUACCUCACAGCCCUGGAUGCCAACAGGGACUAUAUCGCGGUGGGCAGCAGCAUCAGCAUGCUGUACCUGUACUGCCGGCACCUCAACCGCAUGAAGAAGUACAACUUUGAGGGGAAGACAGAAUCUGUCACCGCGGUGAAGCUGCUCAGCUGCUUUGAUGACCUUGUCGCAGCCGGCACUGCCUCUGGGAGGGUUGCAGUUUUUCAACUUGUGUCUUCAUUGCCAGGGAGAAAUAAACAGCUUCGGAGAUUUGAUGUCACUGGUGUUCACAAAAACAGCAUCACAGCUCUGGCUUGGAGCCCCAAUGGAAUGAAGCUUUUCUCUGGGGAUGACAAAGGGAAAAUUGUCUACUCUUCUCUGGAUCUAGACCAGGGGGUUUGCAACUCACACCUGGUGUUGGAAGAGCCAUCUUCCAUCGUGCAGCUGGACUACAGCCAGAAAGUGCUGCUUGUCUCCACCUUGCAAAGAAGUCUGCUCUUUUAUACUGAAGAAAAGGCCAUCGAGCAGAUUGGAUCCCAGCCAAGAAAAAGUUCUGGGAAAUUUGGUGCUUGUUUUAUACCAGGACUGUGCAAGCAAAGUGAUCUUACCCUAUAUGCGGCCCGGCCCGGGCUCCGGCUGUGGAAGGCUGACGUCCAGGGGACUGUUCAAGCUACAUUCAUCCUAAAGGACGUCUUUGCUGGGGGAGUCAAGCCCUUCGAACUGCACCCACGUCUGGAAUCCUCCGACCGGGGAAGCUGCUCCCCUGAGAAGCACCUGGGGCUGGUUUCCUGCUUCUUCCAAGAAGGCUGGGUACUGAGUUGGAAUGAGUACAGUAUCUAUGUUCUAGACACCAUCAGCCAGGCCACAGUUGCUGGGUUGGAAGGUCCUGGUGAUAUUGUGUCUGUUUCCUGCACAGAAAAUGAAAUAUUUUUCUUAAAGGGAGAUAGAAACAUUAUAAGGAUCUCAAGCCAACCUGAAGGACUCACAUCAAUAGUGAGAGAUGGUCUGGAGAUGACAGGGUGUUUGGAGCAAGUCCAGGGGCAGCGUCCGGAGAAGCCACUGGGGGCCACUGUUGCUGAGAUGCGGCUGCGAGGCUCCUCUGUAGCCAGUUCUGUGGCCAGUGAGCCACGGAGCAGGAGCAGCUCUCUUGCUUCCACCGACAGCGGCUCUGGGCUGCUGCUGCCUGGGCUCCAGGCCCCUCCUGAGUUGGGCCAGAGCAGCCAACCCUCCUCGCAGAGGUUCAGUGUCAUCAGCUCAGAAGACUUUGACCAGGAGCUUGUUGUGAAACCUAUCAAAGUGAAGAAGAGGAGGAGGAGGAAAAGGACAGAAGCUGGAAGCAGGAACACCUGCCACAGUUCCCUCGAAUCAACUCCCUGCUCGGAGUUCCCUGGUGACAGUCCCCAGUCCUUGAACACAGACCUGCUGUCCGUGGCCUCAAGUGCUCUGGGCAGUAGUAUGGAUCAGUUGAGCACAGAGUCUCCAGACCAGGAAAGCAACCUCAGUGGUGAGGUGAACGGUAUCUUGCAGGACAGUAAUGAUCCUGAAACCUUCAGUGUCCUGGAGGUGUCUGAGUCUACGCCUGACUUACUAGGUGAAGAAAAUGACGCCAGACCUGACAAUUCCCAAUGUGACCACAUGGGUGAGAUGGAGCCACUCCAUGGAGUGUUGAGUUUACCCUUACUCCCAGGGGGAGAUGGGGAAGGUGGUAACAUCUCAGGACUUGAAGAGGCUGGUCUUGCAGAUGCUGCAGCCACCCACCCACGGUUAUCCUUGGCAGGACAGAAGAGCUCUGCUGAGUCACAUGAGGUAGACGAAACAGAGCCUGAUGACCCGCAAAGCACUUUCUCUGAAGCCACCCUCCUGGACUCACUCAUGGUGCCUUCCUGCCUUAGCUGGCUGCCUGGGACCCAAGGUGAUGAGAGCAAUGCUGAGCAGGCCAGCAAAGAGCAGGGCAUUCUAACCUCCAGAGAGGCCCCCGACUGCCUGCACUCAAAUCCCCAGCAUGUGGUCACUGACAGCAACAGAGGCCAGAAGGAAGUGUACACUCCUGCAUGUGAGAUGGAUAAUUUGGGAAGACAGUUAACUCUGGCCUCUGCCUUGGUGGUCAGCACCCAUGGUCCCUGGCUGGAGCAGCCUUCCCAGGAUAAGGUAGCAACAUCCAGUGAUGAGGAGGACAUCUAUGCCCAUGGGCUCCCAUCUUCAUCCUCCGAGACAAGUGUGACAGAGCUUGGAGCUGGUCGCUCUCUGCAGGAUCUGAGCCAGCCAGGUGCUGAUGACCCCAUGCUAUUCAAGUCAGAUCAGUUUGCAGAGAGCUGGAUGGGCUACUCAGGUCCUGGCUAUGGCAUCCUCAGCUUGGCGGUCUCUGAAAAGUAUAUCUGGUGCCUGGACUACAAAGGCGGCCUGUUCUGCAGUGCGCUGCCAGGUGCAGGACUGCACUGGCAGAGAUUUGAAGAUGCUGUCCAGCAGGUGGCGGUCUCUCCUUCAGGGGCUCUUCUCUGGAAGAUUGAACAGAAAUCUAACCGCGCUUUUGCUUGUGGCAAAGUCACCAUCAAGGGGAAGCGACAUUGGUAUGAAGCUCUGCCCCAGGCCGUAUUUGUGGCCCUGAGUGAUGACACAGCCUGGAUCAUCAGGACCAAUGGAGACUUGUACCUGCAGACAGGUCUCAGCGUGGAUCGCCCCUGCGCCCGAGCCGUGAAGGUCGACUGUCCAUACCCAUUAUCCCAGAUCACAGCACGAAACAGCGUGGUGUGGGCACUAACGGAACAGAGGGCCCUCUUGUACCGGGAGGGUGUGAGCAGCUUCUGUCCUGAAGGGGAGCAGUGGAAGUGUGACAUUGUCAGUGAGAGGCAGGCUCUGGAGCCUGUCUGUAUAACUCUCGGGGAUCAGCAUACUCUCUGGGCCCUUGACAUCCAUGGAAAGCUGUGGUUCAGAACUGGCGUGAUUCCCAAGAAGCCCCAAGGAGAUGACGACCACUGGUGGCAAGUGAGCAUCACCGACUACGUGGUAUUCGACCAAUGCAGCUUAUUCCAGACUAUCAUUCACGCCACACACACUGUGGCCACAGCAGCCCAAGCACCUGUGGAAAAGGUGGCAGAUAAACUACGCAUGGCAUUUUGGUCUCAGCAGCUCCAGUGUCAGCCUAGUCUGCUGGGGGUCAACAACAGUGGUGUCUGGAUCUCCUCAGGCAAAAACGAAUUCCAUGUUGCUAAAGGAAGCCUCAUAGGCACUUAUUGGAAUAAUGUUGUUCCCCGUGGGACAGCUUCUGCAACAAAAUGGGCCUUUGUAUUGGCAUCCGCUGCUCCUACCCAGGAAGGAAGCUCCUUGUGGCUGUGCCAGGGCAGCAAGGACCUCUGCAGCAUCAGUGCCCAGAGUGCACAGUGCCGCCCCUCUACAGUGCAGCUGCCCCCGGAUGCCGAGAUGAGGGCCUAUGCCGCCUGCCAGGAUGCCCUGUGGGCCUUGGACAGUGUCGGCCAGGUGUUCAUCAGAACACUUUCCAAGAGCUGCCCCACAGGCAUGCACUGGACAAAGCUGGACCUUUCCCAACUCGGAGCCAUAAAGCUGACCAGCUUGGCAUGUGGAAAUCAACAUAUUUGGGCCUGUGAUUCCAGAGGUGGAGUUUAUUUCCGUGUAGGGACCCAACCUCUGAAUCCCAGCCUGAUGCUUCCUGCCUGGAUUAUGAUUGAACCACCUGUCCAGCCUGCCGGGGUCACCCUGAUCAGUGUCUAUUCCAGCCCCAAUGACCAGAUGUUGUGGGCACUCGACAGCAGAUGGAAUGUGCAUGUCCGAAAGGGGAUCACUGAGGAGAUGCCUGUGGGGACAGACUGGGAGCACGUGCCAGGGUUGCAGGCCUGCCAGCUGGCACUGAGCAACAGAACUGUAUGGGCCCGCUGUCCAAACGGUGACCUCGCCCGCCGCUAUGGCAUCACAGAGAAAAACCCUGCUGGGGACUACUGGAAGAAAAUCCCUGGAAGCGUGUCAUGUUUCACAGUGACCUCAUCAGAUGAGCUGUGGGCAGUGGGUCCUCCUGGCUACCUCCUCCAGCGGCUGACAAAGACAUUCAGCCACUCACACAGUACCCAGAAGAGCAGCCAGAUGACCACCCUACACCCCGAGGACCUGGAGGACGAGUGGGAGGUGAUCUGAAGGAGCCCCGAGCAGCCACGUGGAAGGCAAGAAGCCGAGGCUUUGUACUGGACACUGCUGUUUUCAGGUUGUUCCCUGUGGACAUGUCUCAUCAACCCUUAGCCAGACAUGUCUGGACCAGCUGAAUACCCCACAUUUGCUUUCAUUCAUGUUUAUUUCCACCUUAUUCCAGAACCUACAGCCUCAGUACUUGGCCAGAGCUGUUGCUGUAAUAGCAGCACCGCCGAUCUCUUGCCAAGGACACCUCUAAGUGGGGACAGUGGCACUGCUCAGUUGCAUGCACUAGUUACCCAUGUGCUGCAGUAAGUUCUCAUCAGCGACUCCAGGUCCUCUUGUGGGCAGUGACCCAGGGAACCUCCAGAAGCAGAUGAGUCAGAGACAGGAUGGGGGUGAGGGGCACACCUGAGGCCAGCUCAGGCAGCAGGGCACCAAAUCCCCAGCCCAAAUAGAGCUGCAGGUCAGCACUCUGCAGCCACUAGAUGUGCUUGAUGACUGUGUUGUCUCCUCACAGGGUUCUCCACUUCUCCCUGAGACACAGGCCACAGUGCAUAGUCCAUGACAGGCAUUCCAGAUGGAAAACUAGUUGUCAGUGUCUGAUGGCGGUGCACACACACACACUUUACUGCCCACAUAGAGGGUAGCUGCCCACCUCCUGUAACACAUUUUAGCCAACAUAUCAGCCAGUGGAUACAGAUGAAACACAGGUGUCCAUGUGAUCUAUGUAGUCUGACUUGGGGUUGCUGGUCAAACAAGGGAGCUGAGUCUUGCCAGCUAACCCGAGAUCUUUGGAGUGAUGUUAAUGUGCUGGUGGGCAUGCUCAGAUCUAAUCAUUGCCUUUUUUGUCUGUUGUAUUGCAAAUCUGAGUAGAUACCUCAUUUGAAAUCAAAUCUCACAAAUUUAGAAGGUAAAUGUAUCUUCAGAAAACCAUGGAAGGUCUUUUGUUCCUUCAGAUAGUUUAUCCUGAGCCCAUCCUGUCUUGACUAUGGUGUCACACACAGGUAGCUGUCCUCUUGACUCACAUAGCAGCCAGUAUCUUCAGUUGAUAUAGGGUUGAUGUCCCAGCAGGUGGGAAGCAGUGCCUGCUCUCCACAGUUGCUGUGGCUUAUCACACUGGUCUUUGGGGACAGUUAGCACUCUUCUUUCAGGCACCUGAGCUCAGGACAGGCUGCCCUUGCCCCGCUGCCCUCACUCCUGAAGGAGCUAAUGACACUGCUCCAGGCUGAUUGCUGCUUUUAGCCUACCUGGCACAGGCCAUACUCAAUGCCCAUUUUCUAAGUAUGUGAGUCAGAGAGCCCCUGGGGCCCAGCGGAAGGGCCCCAGUCAGCUAGGAAGCAUGAGGCUACCAGGUGGGGACAAGAUGCGAGACCCCUGAUGUCACUUCACUUUUUUAGAACCCAAGAGUUGAGUUCGGUUGACAGCAGAGGUGGCCCGGCAGGGCUGCUCCUGCUCUGCGAAUGCUGUGCCUUGCCCAGCCCCCACCACGGCAGCCCUCCCCUAAGCCCACGGAACUGGAGUGCAGUUGAACGCAGUCAAGUGGACACUUUUAAAUGACUUCAGCUUCAGUGCUUUGUACGAUUUCCUUUCUGGUUUUAAUUUUCAGUUGUGCUUUGAGGUCGUGCAAUAAACCAGUCUUUUCCAACAA